UCACAUAAGUGUGCAAGAAGUUUCGGAAUAAUAAGUUUUAUUUUUGGAUGUACCACCAUAACAUUUCAAGUCAGGACUGGUUUAGUGACAUCAAGAAACCUUGAGCCAUCGGGUCAGCUUGGUCCCAGAACUAUUCUAGUUGGAAAGUAUUUCUUUUUAACGUCGGCAGUAUAAAUAUUUUGAGAAUUUAUGAUCAGUGCCAGUGAGUUAUUAUAGAUACCCCUUAUAAAAGUACUGAAGGGAAUAGAAAGAAAAUCCGAGUACGGAAUCAUCAGAUUGGAUAAAGAAAAUGUCUCUCUCAGGUGGACACUAUUAUUGUCGUAGACUUACUAACAUUAAUAGUGAUCGUCAACAUUAGCUUUGUAAAAACUACCAGUGUUCAAAGUUUAUCGAAUCAACCCCAGAAAAUAAAGCGAUAUCAGAUUAUUAACUUGCAUCAACAAGAAAAACGUGUAGGUCACUUCGUUAUUUGCUUACAGAACUUCAGACCUAUCGUCUAUAUCCGUUUGAUAACUACAAGCACUGCUGGGAGUUAACUGUUUGUAAGCAUCUGUCGACCAAGACUUUCCAGAUAUAGGCUGUGCUCAAGGAAGUACAGGUGAUCUCACUGUACGGCCUAUUAUUGAGAGAUGAUAAUAGAUGCUAUUAGGUCAAUAUUGAACUAAGGAUUAGUCCAUUAAUAUAGCUACACAAUGGGCCACCUGCACUCUGUCCUCGGCGGUGAAUCAAACUCAGGAUUUUAAAAGUUUUUCUCCUACACUGAAGUUCAUCAGUUCAUCAAGCUUCGAAUGUAAACUUCAGUUACCAUAAUAUGAAUGCUAUUUUAGUGGUUCUUCAUUUACGUAAUUCACAAUGGCUUCUGCUGAAUUAGAGAAUCUGUUUAAGGCUUGUGACACCAGAGGGACAGGCUACUUAGGUCAAGAUGAAGUAAGGGAACUAUGUGCUAAGUUUGGAAUCGUUGCUCAAGAUGCCGAUGCUAUAUUUGAUGAUCUGGAUCACGACGGUGAUGGAAAAAUUGAUUUUGAAGAUUUUUCAAAAGGGUUCACUGACUUCCUAACGCUGUCUUCAACACCACCUACUAAAGAUUUGGAUAUUGCAGCCCAAAGUCUAAAACAAUCGUUUGAUUCCGAUCCGAUUUCUUGUCUUGACAGUGAGAAGAAACAAAUGGUAUUUCAAGCAUGGAAGAAUCUAACAACGGAACUAGGGAAAGCAGGAAACCUUAUCAGUGAAGAAAAGUUGUUAUCUCUGUACAAAGAGCUCCAGACAACUGAACGUCCACACUUAGUGAAGUACUUCGAAACGGUGAUUGGAGAUUUACUUGAAAAUGUCAGAAAACUUCAGGAAGAGAAUGAACAAUUAGAGAGUUCCUGGAAAAGGGAGAAAAAAGAACACGAGCGACAUCUACACAGAUUAGAAGAGGAACUCGAUAAUCAAGUAAAAGAUGUUGAGCUUCAGGCAAAGAAACAGGCUCAAGCAGAAGUGGAAGCUGAACGUCGCUCAUUGAAACUGAAGAUGGAUGCCGAAAUGGACGAGCUCCACGCGCACCUGUCUUUGUUUGAAAAGGUGGAUUCAUGGCUGAAAUCUAGCCAAGAUCCUAUUAAAGAAGGCAAACUAUCAGAAAUCCGUACCAAGCUCGAAGAUUCUGUACACGAAAAUCGUCAACUUCGAAUGUCCUUAAUGGACACUCAAACCAGCGUGGCCUUAAUGAGGAGCGAAAUUGCGCAAUUGAGGAGUCAAUAUGAAGAGAAAUGUCGCGAAUUAAUCAGUGAAAGAGAGCGAGUUUUGGAUAUUUUACACGAACAUGAUCAGCUUAGCAGACAGCUUCACCUUCUACAUGACGCUAACAAGAGGCUUCAAGAUACCAACGACAACUUAAGGGAGGUUGUAGAUGUUGAAACGUAUAACAAAAAAGCAUCUCACACCAGACUUGAUAAAAGGGGAUCAAUCAUUGGUGAUUACCUAUGUGCUGAAGCGUCUCCUAUUGGAUUUCUUAAAACGAAACAAUCGGCAAUAGAUAUAGAAGAAGAAGAAGAUUACGAUUAUUCUCUGACGGAAGAUGUUGAUAAGUAUCGCCAGAUGUCACUGACCUCUAGUGGUUUAGACAACGAUAUCACAUACAAAAUGGACAGUUUCGUUGAUGACUUUGAUAGCGGACUUUCAACACUACGAGAUAUUACCGAACCCGAGGCUACCAGUGACUACGUUGACGAUGAAGAAAAUGAGAACUUGAAAAAAAUGUUGCAGUCACCUAUGAGGAAACAAUCGUCUACUUCCAUUCAGACACAAUCAAGCAGCCGAAAAAGUAGCCUUCAAGAGCGAAGACUUCCUUCAAAACUUAAAGUUAGCACAGACUGUCAGACUAUGCUACAGUUUGAUACUAAAGCAAAGAGCGAUAUUUUUGAAAAGAAUCAGCCAAUGAGGUGCAGCAGUACAGAUACCCAAUCAGAAGUAGAUUUCUCAUCUCGUCGUAUUACAGAAAUAAAACGGCAACUAGGGUUGGAUCCUGAGAUAGCCAACUUCCCCAGGCCACGAUUAUCUAAGUCAUCAACUCCUGUGUCGUCCGUUGACGGUACCCCUGUGCCUACACCUCGCAUUUCAUUAGAGAAAAACUCUGCACAACCUAGAAAACUCCCUCCUUGUCCUCCAAUGCGAGUUCGCUCCAAGCUACAAGAGACAGAUAUUGCCAACAAGUCUGACGUUAAUAAUGAACUCGUGGAUCCUGAUGUGGAGGAGCCUGACAUUCAUAAAGAACAGGCUGCUCCUGUGCAAGAUGAGGGCCAUCAACAACAGAAAUCGAAAGAAUUGGAGGAGAUAGAUCGAGUUAAAAAUGAAAGUGUUAGUUUCGAACCCACGGGUCCUCCAGAAAGAACGUACAAAGUAAUCUUCGUUGGGGACGCUGCUGUAGGGAAGUCUUCGUUGAUCGUUAGACUUAGCAAGGGAGUUUUUAUGGGAAACCUCACAUCAACGCUAGGUGUAGAUUUUCAAAUGAAAUCCCUGAGAGUAGACGACAGAAAUAUAGCAGUACAAUUGUGGGACACAGCAGGACAAGAAAGGUUCCGCAGUAUGACUCAGUCUUAUUUCCGUAAAGCCGAUGGCAUAAUGUUGGUUUAUGACUGCACCAGUGAACAUUCUUUCUUAAAUGUACGCCAGUGGAUGGAAGCUGUUGGAGACGUAACGACACGACAAGUACCAGUUAUGAUUAUGGCAAACAAAACCGAUCGACGUGAAACGGCUCGAGCAGAAAAUCGACAGUGUGUCAGCACGGAAGUCGGAGAAAAACUUGCCAAAGAAUUUGGAGCGCUGUUCAUAGAAGUUAGUGCAAAAACAGGACGUAACGUGCUGGAAUCAGUGGUUGUUCUGAUUCGUGCCAUGUCUGCAACAGAAGAUAUUGAGAUACAAUCUUCAGGGUUAAAUUUAAAAGAGGGAACAACAUCUAAAGCCUCUCCCAACAAGUGUCAGAGAGGGUGUUCGAAGUAGAGGAGAGAGUGGGAGAUAUUACUAACCGAGUUUAGAACAAUAUUCGAAAUUCUGUUUUUAUUUUAGAUUAUUAACAUGCUUACAUACGUUUACAUAUCCUAAAACCUGUCACGAAAUCUGAUUACCAUUUUCCAGAAAGUCCACGAAUAUUAGUCAUGCGUUAUUACUAUUCAAAAUAUUUCGUUGCUUUUCAAGGUAUUUUAUCCAUUUGUACACUUAUUUAUAUGAAAUAUUCUAGUGAACUGUGUAAGUGUCAUAUACUAAUGUGAGGUUCUUAUUUUUAAGACGUUUCAUUGAAUAUUUUAUUUACUACAUGUCACUUCUUAAUGAAACACAUAUAGUAGAAUCACAUGUACAGAUUCAGUUUUAGCCUAAUCACUUCAUCAAGCACUUAACACCAGGUGAUAUCGGUGAAUUGAGCGAAAACGUUUUGGUUUUUAGUUGGCAUGUGUAAAUAAAUAAUGGGUAUAACCUUGUGUAUAUCUGGGGUUUGUUUUUUCUUGUAAUUAAUAGUAUU